AUGGAGAAGAAAGCAUUGGAUAAGACCAGAGGUGUCCUAUCUUCACCAAAGUAUAGAUUUGAGAGAUGCCAAAAAGUGAAAGGAAUAUGUAAAACAUUUUGUGAUGAUGAUGAGUAUGACUAUGGAUACUGUAUUAAGUGGCGAAAUCAGUGCUGCAUAUAA